AUGUAUCAAUUGAGUGCAACCUUAAGAGGUCAUUCGCAGGAUGUCAAAGACAUUACAGCAGUGAAUGAUAAUAAAAUAGCAAGCGUUUCUCGAGAUGGAUCACUUAGAGUUUGGACGAGAAGCUCUUCUGGUGAUUGGGAAGAUGUGCUGGUCUAUCAAUCAGAUAAAUUCUUAAAUGCUGUUUGCUAUGAUAAGACAAGUCAGACAGUAUACUAUGGUGGUCAAGAUACUUUGAUUAAUGGCUCUCACAUUGAAGAUGUAAUAGGAUCUUCAGCUGAUCCGAUGUAUACUUUAGUUGGCCAUACAGGAAAUGUCUGUGGUCUAAGAUUUCAAAAUGGAUUGCUCCUAAGCUCGAGUUGGGAUAAAACUGCGAAAAUAUGGGAUAAUAAUAAACUAAAAUAUGAUCUCAGAAACCAUGAGGCGUCGGUUUGGGACUCUACAAUGGUGUCUGAUGAUAUUAUUUUGACUGCAUCUGCGGACAAGUCGAUCGGUGUGUGGAUGGAAGGCAAGUUAAUCAAAAAGUUGUCUAAUAUACAUGAUGAUGUGAUAAGACAUCUUGAAUAUAUUAGUAAUGAUAUAUUCGCUUCCUGUUCAAACGAUGGUACCAUAAAACUGCUGAAUUUAGAAGGUGAAAUUAAGAAUGUUUUUGAAGGCCACGAAAGUUUUGUCUAUUGUGUCAAACAUAUGAAUAACACUUUAUUUAGUUGUGGAGAAGACAGCACGGUCAGAAUAUGGAGCAUCAAUGGAUCAACCAAACAAGUGAUAAGAAUUCCGGCUGUAUCAGUCUGGAACCUCGAUCUCCUGCCCAACGGCGAUUUUGUUAUUUGCUGCAGUGACAAUACGAUUAGAAUUUUUACCGAAGAUCAAUCAAGAGUAGCAUCAAAGGAUCAGCUAGACGCUUUUAAGGAAGAAUUAGAAAAGUCUGCUAUAAACUCGGAGACAAUCAAUUUCGAUGAAAGUAAAUUAUCUCCCUAUGAAGUUCUGUCCAAACCAGGAAAGAAAGAAGGUCAGCUUGUUGUUGUGAAAAGCCCAGAAGGUGUAACUGAGGCACAUCAGUUUUCUUGUGGACAGUGGAUAAAAAUAGGUGAUGUAGUGGGAUCUGCCACUUCAGGUAGUGAUCAGAAGAAAGAAUAUGAAGGCAAAAUGUAUGAUUAUGUAUUUGAUGUUGAUGUGAAAGAAAAUGAGCCACCACUGAAGCUUCCAGUUAAUAUAACAGACAAUCCAUAUGACAUCGCCGACAAGUUUAUUGCUAGAUAUGAGCUACCUCCUGAAUAUCGAGAUCAAAUUGUUCAAUUUAUACUGACUAAUACAACUGGUAUGAAAGUUGGAGAUACAGCUACAUCUGACAACAACAGAGAUAACUCAUUUACAUCAUCGCAAACUUUCGCUAUGUUUCCUGUAACCAAAAUUCUUUCAAACAAAAAUUUUAAUGCCGACUCCAUAUUUAAUGGUAUUGUAAAAUUUAAUUUGAAAGAGCAAUCCUUCGAUGAUGAAGACUUAGGUCUUAUUGGCUCUUCAUUACAAUCAGUAGAUGAGAGUUGGGAAGCCCUUUAUGGGUAUGCUAACAGAAUAUUAAAAUCGUGGGAAAAUAAGAUCCCAGCAUUUGAUAUUUUAAGAGUCAUUGUUGACAAGUUGCCUGAUCCAAAUAAUAUCAAUGAUUAUAUUGACCUAGGAUUGAGUAACAAAGAUAUUGUUAUCUCAAUGCUCACAGUAAAGAUACUCGUAAAUAUUUUCUCUAACAAAAUUUGGGGCCCACAGCUUUUGUCUUCACCAAAAGUUUAUGAAAAUAUAUUUGAAACUAUAGAAACGAUAUAUGAUAAUGCCACAGAAAAGAAAACUUCCAACUUAGCUAUUGCUGUUUCAACAUUACUUUUCAAUUUCUCUACGAUGGUUAUCAAUGACAAAAAUGGCACGGAAAUGCUUCCGGUUAUUUGUGACACUAUUAAUACGAAAUUCGGACCGUUAGAAGAGUACCAAGCAAAUGAAGAGGCCAGUUAUAGACUAUUAAUGGCUUAUGGUAAUAUGGCUACAAUUGAACCAACGCUUUUACAAUAUGCUAAGUCUAUCACGUGGAUAAGGCAAAUGAAACACAAUUUCGGACAUAUUGACAGAUUCAAAGUUAUUUUCACCGACCUAAAAUUACACUAA